AAGGCUGUGACGAGAGGUCUGUGUCACGCGUGUUGGAGACGGAUUUUUAGCCUGCGAGGCCCACCUGUUGCAGUGUUGCAUGUGCAUUGUGGAUUUGAUUGCCGAGAGAUAAUAAGUGCUAACUCUCUUAAACUCCCCCUCGUGGAGAGAGCUGUGAGAUCGAGUUUUUAAGAAAAAAGAAAGAAAGUCUGAAGGAACUUGAGGGAGCAAAGGACAACCUCUGACCUCCUUCCAGACGGGAUUUAAGUCUUGAAGUGUUCGAAGUCCUUUUCUGUGGUUGACGAUGAUGAUCCUGUGUUAGUGAUUCUUGGGAUUACUAAAAGAAAACAUCAGCAACAACGACGCAACGAUGACUUGGAUUACCCUGCUGAUAAUAGGUGCGGUGGCGGCGGCGGCGACGGGCAACCGGCGCGAGGAGGUGGCGGACGUGCGCGAGGGCCAGGACGUGACCCUCAAGUGCCGCAUCAACAACCCGUCGCUCAUCACCUCGGGAGGACAGAUCUUCUGGAUGAGGCAGAGGAAGGGCGAGAAGGACAACGUCGCCAUUCGGGACACACCAUUCGACAGGAGCUACACCGUGGACCUGGACCUGGAGGAAGGCCGGUAUGACCUGACCAUCAGCCGCGCCACGUACGAGCGCGACAACGGCAUGUUUGAGUGCCGCGUGAAGGAGGCCGGCACCGGAUCCGACCUGCACACCACCACCGUGAACCUGACCGUGCUCAUCCCGCCCGGAAGCCCCAGGGUGAACCCCGAGGCGCCCACCGCCACCGAGGGACAGGAGAUCGACCUCGUGUGCUCGUCCCAGGGCGGCUCGCCCGACCCGCAGAUCAUCUGGUACCGCUCGGGCUCUGAGCAGAAGCUGUACAGCGUGCUGAAGCCGGGCGGCGGACGCGACUUCCCCACCACCUCCGUCCUCACCAUCACCCCCGGCAAGGACGACGACGGCGCGCAGUACCGGUGCGUCGUGUGGAACAGGGCGCUCACCGACGACGAGAAGAUGGAGUCCACCGUCACCCUCAGCGUGAACUACUACCCGCGGAUCACCAUCGGGCCCGAGAACCCCCUGCGCGUAGAGCUGGAGCACUCGGCCACCCUGACGUGCACGGCCGACGCCAAGCCCGCCGUGAGCAACGUGCGCUGGACGCGCGCCGGACGCUUCAUCGACACCCAUAACACCCUCGUCAAGGAGCGCAUAUCGCUUGAGGACGCCGGCCGCUACGUGUGCCAGGCCGACAACGGGCUGGGGCGGCUGCGCGAGGCCGAGGUCACCCUGGACGUUCAGUAUGGCCCUCGCGUGGCCGUCAUGUCCAGCAAGGACGUGGACGAGUCCGAGGACAUCACGAUCACCUGCAAUGUGACCGCGAACCCGGCGCCCGUGACCAUCGAAUGGCUGAAGGAGGGCGACGACAGCUUCCGCCAGAAUGGAGACAUCCUGAGGCUGAACCGCGUGUCGGCGCAGAACCAGGGCAACUACAUCUGCCGCGCCGUCAACAUCCUGAAUCCGACGGGCGGCGAGCCGAGCGACCGCAUCGGCAAUGCCACCGUCGCUGUGCGAGUGCGCCACGCCCCUGGCAAGACCUUCAUCACGCCCGCCGAGCCCAUCGCCGUACAGGGGGAGCAGUCCACGCUGACCUGCGGCGCCGACCCCCCCGGCUGGCCCAUGCCCACGUACCGCUGGUGGCGCCAGGGCUCGGAUACGCCGCUCACUCUGGGCGUCAACUACACCAUCCCCCGCGCCUCGCUGUCCGAGGAAGGAACCUACUACUGCCAGCCCUCCAACCGCCUGGGCAAGGGCACCCCCGCCUCGGUCCACGUGCGCGUGUACCAGCCACCGAGGAUCCUGGAGGACCUUCCCGAAACCGCCAUCCACCGCAUCAGCAAGACCGACCUAAGCCUGACCUGCCGCGCCCAAGGGAAGCCCCAGCCCUCCAUCCGCUGGCUGAAGGACGGGGUCGAGCUCAACUCUUCCGACGGCUUCUACGAUAUCCUGGUGGAGCAGUCGCACAACCAGAAUGCCGCCUACACCGUUCAGUCGACGCUGCAGUUCCGUGGCCCUCGCCGCUACGACAACCAGUUGCUUCCCAUUGACAGAGGAACUUACGAGUGUGUCUUCAAGAACGACGUACGAGAAGUCUCUAGUUCACAACUGAUUAGGAUCGAACAUUCCCCAAUAACCGUCCACAAGGCCAAUAAAGUCGCUUUCGAUAUCGGCGAAGAUGCGCGGGUCGAGUGCCGCAUGCAGGCCUACCCUAAGCCCGCAUUCCAGUGGUCGCUCGGCGCAAACUUCAUUGACACAGAUGGUACUCACUACACAGCCAAUGACACUGUCUUGGGAGACGACGUGUAUGCAUCAGUCCUCACUGUUCUCGGCGUCACCAAGGCUGAUUAUGGCAGCUACACCUGCAAGGGUAUGAACAACAUGGGCGAACACAAGACCAUAAUCACCCUGCAGGAGAAGGGUCGCCCAGAACACCCCAAGAAUCUCCGCGUCAUCACAAGUGGCACCGACUUCAUCAACCUGGCCUGGGACGAGAGCUUCAACGGUGGUUUCCCGGACACUAUCUUCCACGUGCGAGCUGAGGCCAUGUCUGGGGAAGUCACGAGCCACGAUUGCCAGACGCAGAACCCGUGCGUGAUCCAGCCUCUCAUUCAGCAGACGAGAUUCAAGUUGCAAGUGAAGGCCAGCAACAUCAAGGGAGACAGCGACUUCUCGGACCCCCUGGAAGCCAUGACCCUCGUCAACGUGGAGACCAUCCCCGAACCCGAAGAGGUGUUCUUCGAGAGGAUCAAUAACAUUCUGAGCUUCAAGGUGCUCCCCACUCACCUCAUGUUGCAAGCACAGGUAGAAGUGCAGGAUGUGGAAACGGAAGAAUGGGUCCCCAUGGAGGAGCUGGUGCCUAUUAACAGUGACAACCACGGCGAGGUGGCCCUGGGCGAUGCUGCUCCCAACGAAGUGCGACUCAAGUUCUGUUCCGUCUUCAGUGACGACACCUGUGGAAAAUACCGAACUGCCACGAAAGUUGACCACCUGCCACCCAUACCGUCCCAGAGUAUGUCAAUGCAGUACAUGGUUGCAAUCAUUAUAGGCUGUGUAGUCUUUGUAGCCAUUGUUGCACUUGUGUUCAUCUGCUGCUGCUGCCGUAGAAGGAACAGCAAGCUCAAGAAUAAGACCGCAGACAUGGAAGUUUCUCACCGUGGUGUUGUAGCACAGCAGGCUCCACCUCCCCCAUACUAUACUGUUGGUAUGGAUAACAAGGGUCUUGAUGGCUCCAUGGACACAGGAUUGGAUGAUCCUUCCAAAACGGGCAUCUACAGUUCUCAGCAGUACCACAACUACAACCAGAAUGGACAUGUGAACAAUGGUCAUAAUAAUAAUGGAAUGGGAUUCAUGGACAACAGCUACUCCAACUCCAACAAUGGAGGUUCAGUCAACUCCCAGGACUCUUUGUGGCAGGUGAAGGGCCACGGCGACCCACAGAUGGCCUCCCACAUGGUGCAGGACCCACGAAGCUACCAGUACGACCCCAUGAUUCACGGAGGUUACGGCAUUUCUGGCUACGACGACUACUCUCACUACCCUCCCGCUUCUCACCAAGGACAGGGGAUGAUGGAAGACUAUCCGGGCUCUCGCGGGAACUACAUGGCCAACGGGGAUCCCUACGCUGCCGUACAGAAGCCGAGGAAGCGUGCAGAUCACAUGGAUGGAAGCUAUGAUGUGAGCGGCAUGCCGGAUCCCUACAUGGAACAGCACGACCAGAUGGGUGCAGAGAUGAACCCCGACAACAAACCUCAGAUCAGUUUUGACGAGUCUCUGGAAUCUGGUUACUCGACCCCGAAUUCCCGCAACCGGAGAAUCAUCAGGGAGAUUAUUGUGUGAGCAGCAGCACAAGGUCUUUUAAGAGAUAAAACGUUGUUGGGUAAUAGGAGAUGCGUGGAUGUGGGGUUCAGUGGAAAUGGAUGUUUGGAUGUGGAUAAAACUGGGUGAUUUGAACGAUGACAAAUUUUGGAUCACCAGUGGAGUCCAUCCAAUCUAGCUAUCACAUUGUUCGCUAGAAUGGUGUCGACAUGUGCCAUGGAUAAUUGCAGCAUUGAUGCUAAGUCCUUUCCGAGAUAAUCCCCCUCGAUCCAUGCUAAAAUCUCCAUUACCAUCACCCUAAAGUAAAACACAACAAAAAAAUGCUGCAUUACCAUCACUCCCCAAGUCCAGUGCAAUUCCAGUUAAAAGAAGUUCUUGGAAUGACUGAGUUCAUAAAUUAUUACCUGCUUGCCUGCUUACACUACAAAUACCCUAGACUUGACUGAGGGACGUGGCUGGCAACGGGAGAACAGGGUGAGGACGCCGCUCACUCCUCCGGCCGGGGCGGUGGUACUCUUCCCUAUAAUUCUCUCCCCACAGCCAUAAGCCAGUGAUGAAUGGCUAUAAAAGACAAGAAGCUUACGCCGCCCCCUGCUCACGUCUAGUCUGAGUUGCUGAGGAGAAAGAGGACAAGAUUGAUGCAUGUGUGUGAUGUGUAUGUGAGAAACUGAAGCCAUAUAUUUGCUGUUAAAAUGUAGAAGUAAUUGGUCAGCUUUGUGCUAUGACUGGGUACUGUUGAAGAAGCCAAUCCCCUGCCAGCUCACACAAACUCAUCUGUGCAAAGUGGAGGGUUACUGUGAUGGAAUCUUAAGAAAAAAAAGCCUCCGUUCGUACAGGUACAAAGCACAAAGUGAGCACAGAAUGUAAAGCUCAAGCCUGGUCACAAUGUGGUGCGCACUGGUAAAAUAUAGCCCGCAAAAGCAACUCUUGGAAAGGGUUGGAUACUCGUGAGCCUAUGUGGUUACUGUGAUACUGGCCACCCAACUGCAUAAAUGGAGGGCGCUUAACGGAGGAUGGGAUGGUUAUGCUCGAACUAUAAAUUAUGUGAAAUAGUUUAUCCCUUUUUAUAUUCUUAUCACUUUCAAUUUAGUUGGAGUCUAACCACAUCAUCCGUCUCGAGAGUGACCUGGGUGUUAGAAUAGCAGCUUGCUGUCGUAACAGGCUAUAUGUAUUGUGAUCUCAAGUACAUAUGAGGAAGCUCAUUUUGUACUUUAUAUAUAUUUAUGUCCUGUAACAUUUUUUUUGUAAUUUACCCGUUUGUAAAGUUGUAUGUUUGGACGAUAGAGGUAAGAGUUUAAUUAUUCUUAAAAUAAUGAGCUCUUGCCUCUUAUGUUUGUUAACUCAUUUCAUAAGAUUUACUCUACACUUUCUUAAUUCCUCCGUUAUUCCUUAAGAAAAGAAUUGGAAUAAGUGUCUUCCUAUAAUUUAGGUGUUUAACAUGUAAACAAAAAGAAAUAAUUUUAACGUUAAUUAGAGUACUUCAACAAAAUUUAUUUUCCCAAAUUUGAAAUUCAGUCCAAUAUCACCAAGUAAUAUUAAUGCCUUUUUACUUGGACUGAGAUUAAACUUAGUGUAACUUAGCAGUACCUCCCAUCUGUUCAGGCUUGAAUGUGACUUAUGUCUUUAAUAAUUCCAUAUCUCACGGAGGCUCAUAUAAUGGUACUUAUUUUGAAUUUUAUGUUAAGUAUUUUAUCUCACUUUGUGUAAAUAUUUUUCCUUUUAAUACCCAGUUUUCUUGGGAAUUCAUUGGAUGCAAAGCACUCCCAUUGAGCUGCCAAUACUAACUUCUCAUUCUGUCGCUCAUCUGUGAAUAACUUUCAAUUAAGGCAUGUUCAUAGCCAAAACUUGAAUAUUAAUACAGAAAGACACAUACACACUGAAACACACAUGAAACUCACUCACACUUGUAAACAUACACACUGCACAGGUUUUGGUUAAUGAUGGCUCACGUAAUUUCAUGCUUUGUUACAAUUGAUAUAUUUAGUGAUGGAUUUUAACCUAUUUUUAAGCAUCUGUGGUUCUUAAUUUUAAGAAUCUACACAAAGAAAUCCAUCAAGAAUGAUAAGACAUGUGAAUUUGAUUUUUCCUACAUUCCAAAAUUCCCUGUGCAAUAACCUUUUCUCUGGGAGAAAUAAAGUUGUUUCUGAAAUUGUUGUUGUGUACUAAAUUCUGUUUUGCAACUUUAUCUGUGCAUAAAUUACUGGAGAUCUUGUACCUGUAGACCCAGUACUUAAAUCUGAGUGACAAGCACAUUGCAUGCAACUGUCUAACACUUGUGAAAUAACAUAUUAGAUACUCCGUUAUUUAGCACAAUUCUUUACAACUCAUUAAGUGUUGUACUGGUACUGGAUGGAAUAUUAAUGUGUUCAUCAGGAGUUUUCCUCCUGCAUAACAACCCUUGCCCAAUGUGUGUAAUAUUUAGGAGACAGUUUGCAAGAACUUUGAUCCAUUCAUUUUAACAUAUUGUUUCCAAUGAAAAAGAUAAGUUAUACAAUUUGUCAUAUCUUCAUAAUUUCCCAACUGAUUUUUUCUUUUUCUCAUCAGUGAAAUAAUCUUAGCAAUUUCUGCUCAGAGAACUGAUAUGUUUUAUUAUAAUAGAAAUUUUAUCUUAUAUCUGAUGCUCAUUGAUGUUUAAUAUAUAUUUUUGUAAAUAUUGUAAAUGUACCUGUACAUCGUAGAUCAUAUAUGGUCUAUUGACAGAAAGUUUUUGUAAGGUUAUUAUGUAGCAAAGUGAUUUUGUAUUCUCAAUUUAAAGCUAAUAAAAACAUCAGUGAA